AUGCUUGCAACUGCCACUUGUUACCAUCCUCCAGCCUUGCAGUGGCUCAUUCGAGAGUUCGGUUCAACGGUACCGCCAUCAGAAAUUGUCCUGGUGGCUACCAUUGCAGGCAGUCUUCGCAGUUUGGAUUGGAUCCUCAGAGAACAUCUCCCGGAAAUUGGCUUGCAUCGGCUUUGGAAAGCAAUCUGGAGGUUUGAUGGGAGACGCGUCGGUCUUUCUAUUGACUCACCCCACCAUGGCAAUGUCCAAGAGAUUCGAAGAUCCGCUGCCGCUAACCUUAUCAAGCAUACAACAGACGUCGUAUAUGUCUCGAAGGAAGGUCCUGAACAGGCUUCAACGGUUGUGGAGGAAGUAAGAUUACCCUCUCGUGAUUUCCUAAUGAGCAAUGCCUUUGAAGACCUGAUUAUAUUUUGCCUGGGGCAUGGUCUAACCAUGCCCAUGACGGAGAGAAUGAAAAAGUUGGUGAUGGACAGAUCUGAGGCCGACCGGAUGGAUUUGCUGAUCCAAUAUUAUUUCCUUGAAGACAUAAAGGUCAAUGAGUGUGCUGCUGAAGAGAAACUAAUAUCGUUCCUCACUGAGCGCAUGGAUAAGGGCUAG